AUGAUGAUGACGUGCCGUCUGCUGUGCGCCCUGUUGGUGCUCGCCCUGUGCUGCUGCCCAUCUUUGUGCGCGAAAGCAGGUGGUGAAGAUGUUGCCCAAAACUCCGGUCGAGGUUCCACUUUACCAGAGGGACAAUUUCUGGGGAUCAAUUCAGCAAGUCCUGCAGACACUAAGCUAACCCAAGCAAUUCAGACCAUUGUGGUACAGGGACGAGAUGGUUCCGCUGCGGGACAUAAUCCAGAUCAGCCUCCUGAUAGGGCAAGGACACAAAGCCCGACCGAUCCGAGAUCAAGUGGGUCGGUCGUUGCGGGAGAGUCAUCACGCCCAGCAAACAAGGCAGUGGGGCAAGGUACGACGAAUACGACAAAGCCACCAACCACGACUACGACUACAACCACUACGACGACUACUACUACGACAGAGGCACCAACUACGACGACUACCACACGGGCACCAAGUGAUAUGGCCAUGAAUGCAGAGGCCUCAACCACGACAACCACCCGCACACCGUCACAUCCUCGGGAAAUCGACGGCAGCCUCAGCAGCUCUUCGUGGGUGUGUGCCCCGCUACUGCUGGCCGUAUCCGCGCUGGCGUACACCGCUGUGGGCUGA